AAUUCCGGCCUCUGAUAUAAAUACUUACCCUUCAGGCGAAUUCAUUCUUUCCCUUCCAGCCGAAGCCCUUGGAACUCUUCACUCAAACCCUAGAAACCAAAUCUCAUGGCGCCGAAGAAGGACAAGGCUCCUCCACCGUCCUCCAAACCUGCUAAAUCUGGUGGAGGAAAGCAGAAGAAGAAGAAAUGGAGCAAGGGUAAGCAAAAGGAGAAGGUGAACAACAUGGUUUUGUUUGAUCAGGGAACUUAUGAUAAGCUCCUUUCUGAAGUUCCCAAGUACAAGCUAGUCACUCCGUCUAUCCUUUCUGAUAGAAUGAGGGUUAAUGGAUCGCUAGCAAGAAGAGCAAUUAAGGAUUUGAUGGCUAGAGGUUCCAUCAGAAUGAUAUCAGCUCACUCGAGUCAGCAGAUCUACACCAGAGCAACCAACACCUAAGGACAACAAUUCAUGUCACUUAUGCCCGAAAGGGUAUAUAUGAUAUGUAGUUGCCUUUCCAUUUUGCAAUUCCAAAUUUUGUUGAGUGAUCAAAUGAACUCUAAAUGUGACGUUUUUAAUUUGUUUACGUUGCGGGUCUUGACUUGUUUGAUGAAUUGUGUCACAUUAGCUGGUAUUUGCCUUUUCUUUUCUACUGCCAAAUACUAACAAUAAUGUUUGUAUGUAGAAUCUCGUUCUAGAUGUAAGUUGGUAAAUUAAUGUGGCUCUGACAUUAGCGUUGUUUGAACAAUUCUUGGAUUUCGUCUCA